AUGGUAUUGACCAAUGCUUCAAGAAACAAGCCCAAUUCGGACAGCUUCCCGACGAUACAGCUCCUCAUCCUAGCAAUAUGUCGAGUUGCCGAACCAAUAGCCCUGGCCUCAUGCUUUCCGUAUGCAUGGGUCAUGGUGAAAGACUUCCACGUCGGCGAUAGAUCCAGUGCAUCUUUCUGGGCCGGCAUCUUCAUCUCCUCCUUCGCCCUCGCCGAAUCUUUGACCGGCUUCGCGUGGGGUAGCGUAUCGGAUCGAAUUGGGCGGAAGCCGGUCUUGCUGAUAGGAUGUGCGGGAACACUCAUAUCCUUGCUCAUUGUUGGCUUCUCAACCAACUUCUGGAUGGCCCUCGCUGGUAGAGCUUUGGGUGGACUCUUGAAUGGAAACAUCGGAGUCAUCCAGACCAUGGUCGGCGAGUUGGUCAAGAAGCCUGAGCAUGAACCACGAGCGUUUGCAGUGAUGCCAUUCGUUUGGUCUAUCGGUACGAUCAUUGGCCCUGCAAUCGGUGGCACUUUUGCCAGACCUGCCAUCUCCAUGCCUUCCGUCUUUUCUCCGGCUAGCAUCUUUGCCCACUUUCCUUACCUCCUCCCCAAUCUUCUAUGCGCCGCUAUACUUCUUAUUAGCAUCUUGUUCGGCUACUUCUUUUUAAUUGAGACUCACCCAGACAUGCAGCCAUGGAGUACACAAGAAGAGUUGGACCAUACCACCGCGGAAACGCCUCUGAUGACUGCUGGAGCUACAGCUGAUUAUGGAGUCGACCUUCGCGCUGACACCUAUGGCACAUUCAAUACCGUUAACAUUAACGAAUCAAAGGAAUGGAUGCUGAAUGCCGAUGGUACUCCGCGUCCAGCAUCCACCUCCUUGAAAGACAAGCCCAAAAUCUUCACUAGAAAAAUAGCCAUGAUAGUCGUCGCGCUCGGCAUCUUCACCUACCACAGCAUGUCUUACGACCACCUUCUCCCUAUUUUCCUGCAAGACGAACGUGUCUCCACCAGCAGUAUCUCUCAAUCGCCUUUCAACAUCCCCGGCGGCCUUGGCCUUGCCAUUCGGUCUGUCGGGAUCAUCAUGUGCAUCAAUGGUAUCAUCGCCCUUUUCAUUCAGGCUAUAAUUUUUCCUCUCUUCGCGUCCUGGCUUGGGGUUUGGAAGACCUUCGUUAUAGUCACGGUUUUCCAUCCUGUUGCUUACUUCAUCGUUCCAUACCUGGCCUUUCUCCCGGAGACUUCGCUGUACCCAGGCAUCUAUGUCUGCUUGGCUAUUCGCAACUUUUUCAGCAUACUUGGAUACCCGGUCCUCCUCAUCCUCCUCAAAGAAGCUGCACCAUCCCACUCAGUACUUGGAAAGGUCAACGGCCUCGCCGCUUCGGCAGGUGCAGCUUGCCGUACUAUUGCACCUCCUAUCGCAGGCUAUCUUUACGGGGUCGGCACUCAGAUCGGCUUUACAGGACUCGCUUGGUGGGGAAGUGGCAUUGUGGCGAUUGCAGGAGCCUUCCAAAUUCUCUCAAUCCAAAGGACCAAGAACAAGACGGCUACGAUCAGGCCAAUGGCUAGCUUCAUGCGGAGUGCAAUGCCUGCAGAGACGGAGGAGGAUGUGGUACACAUUACUGUCACCGACAGGGACGAGGUGUAG